AUGCCGCUUGCUGAACGGAUCCAUCUGAUAAAGAGCCAGAAGAGAGCUUGGGAGACCCUCUCACCUGAAUGUAUUGUCCCACUUCGAAGUGACUGGAAUGGCGCUUAUCCCAUCCCACAGCCGUUCAGACAUGGAGCCCAUUUUAUAGACUACAACCGGCUUGACCCGGAACGGCCAGGCUUUUCAAGCUACUUUGACCCGUAUCAAGACGUUUUGUUCUUGAUACAGGCACCGCCUUCCUUCUCGACACAAUAUGUCGUUUGUAUAUUCAUCACUUCUCUGAAGUCCAACGGCCAGCGCAUUCACCCGCUAGCCUCAAAAACCGUUCUUUGGGUUGACAGGUCGGAAAUCUGCCGACCGAGACUGUCUGUCAGUGGUGAACAUCUUGCCGCGCUUUUCACGGACGGCGAACGGUCGGUUGUGAUAUGGAAUUGGAAGACCGGCCAAAAGAUUGUUCACAUGGCAAUCUCUGAGUGGGAGUCCAGGCAACCCGACCGCUUCAGCGACUUUGUCUUUUUGUCUAGCAACGCUUUCAUGAUGGUCGGCUAUAGCUGUCUGCACCUAUAUACUCUACCACGUACGAUGGAUGUCGGACUUCUCGCCGAUGUCACACUCCAACUACCACCGCAUAAUUGUAUAGCAGGCCAGGCUGGGGACAUCAUACGGUGUUUCACGGCACCUUUCUGCGGUACCCUUCCUCCAGAGUACACUGCGUUUCGACUAGAUCCGCGGGAGCGCAUUCACGUGCUCGAGAUCUCCAUGAACGACGAAGAACUGGCCGCGUACAUCGUCAUCAAUACCGCCCAGCUAUUGCGCAUUUUGAAUGACGUCUCGAUACAUAAUGCUAAACCUGGUCAAACUCACACCGAUUGGGAAUUAUGGGGCCCAACUCGAACAACUAUUAUCGCACUGCCCUGGGAGAUGCGGGCAAUCAUUGAUAACAUGUCCAUACACGGUACCCGAAUGGCUAUGUCCUGGAUGAUUUGCAAAGACCCACCACAAUACCGACAUGCUAUAUACGACUUCUCUCAGAAACGCGAUCCGGGACGUACCGGUGGCAAAGCUCACACUGCCGUCGGAACGGGAUUGCGAAUGAGCUACGAGUUCUACGCGAACGGCAAGGGAGAGAUUGCUGAUAAAGCACUUUGUGGUGCCGUCUUCAAGAGUAGUGUUUAUAACACGAUGCCAUUCUCCGUCACCGAAUUGAGGCCUACAUACUUUCGAAAGUUUCGUCAGCUUAUCCUUGGAAGAGACUAUAUCCUGGCGCUAGUCCCCUCCCUCGGUGAAUCCAGAAAAGAUGCGGAACAGUUUGACUUCGAUCCUGAUGAAGCAUGGCAGGUUCUCGAGAGGGAUAUGACCAUUGCCGGCUUUCCCCCAGGUACUGGUCGGCUUGUCUUCGAGGGCGAUUCUCAGGACCCGGACCGUUACCCGUUUCAGAGCUGCUUCUUCCUAUUCUAA